AAAAAAACGAACUCAGUCUUUUCCUCUGCAAUUCUCUAUCUUCUUACUAUUCUUAGAUUCCAUUUUCGAUCUCUAUUUCUUCAUAAACUCUCGUUACUUUCCAUUUCUGGGUCUCUGUUUCUUCAUAAAGUACCAAUCUUUUAUAUCAUUUUUGCUAUGGCGGGAACUAAAGAUUCUCAUAUAGUGGAAAUUCCAGUAGACGAAGAGCAUAAAGAGAAGCAACAAGAACAACAGUUGGUUACAGUCUCGAAUCCAGGAACGGGAAUACUCAGGGUGAUUCAGCAGCAUCCCUUGUCUGAAAUCUCAGAGUCUCCAGGACAUUUGUUGCUUUUGAAGCUAUGGCAGAGAGAGGAAGAUCUGUUCUGUCGCCGUGUCCUCCUAAAAGAAUCUAGACUCGAGUCAAUCAAAAGAGAGAUCUUUCAGCUCUGCUGUUUCUUCCUCAUCUUCCACGGUUUCUUCUUCACAAUUGUCUACUCGUCUUCUUGCUCUGAUGAUGAAGACGUGACGAAAAGCAAUGCGGUCUGCAAGAAAUGGUGGAUACCUUCUGCAGUGUCAUUAGCCACUUCACUGGUUCUUGUGUUUCUGGUUCAGACUAAGCUGUUUCUGUUCUGGAAAGUUUACAGAGGAGUUCACAGGGAGAGGAACGAUAACAGAACGCUUACACGGUGUGUUUUGGAGCUGAGGAUGAAAGGGUCGAGCUUUGAUCUGUCAAAGGAGCCAAUGAGCGGGAAAAGGAUGAAGAGCUCAAGCGUUGAGUUCAAGUGGAAACCUGUUACUUGGUUCUCUCAGUAUUUGAUCACCAUUGUUCUUCUUUGCUUUGCAGGGUUGUUCUUCCCGGUCUCAAAGUUCAUCCUCUGCGGAUUUUGAUAGAUCAGAACAACUCUCACUAUUCAUUGUUGUUUUCGGGAUUGUGCAUUCUUUCUUCAACCUCCGCUGUGGGGAUGAAGCUUUUGGUCCGAUCUUAGCAAAAAGCUUGAGAGAGUUGCUGUCCAAUCUCCCAGACUGAAGAACAGCCUGUUACUUUUAACAGCAAUACGCUCACACAUAGCAGAGAUCAUAUGUCUGACGCUAGAUAUAGAUAUGUAACUCGGAAUCAAAUUCUGAUCUUGAUCAUAAAGUUUCAUUUUUUUUUCUUUUGUAAUAAAGAGCCACAGCUUGUGUAGCAGUAACCACUUUAGCAUCAAAU